CUAUCCCCUCUGUAUAUAUAUGUAUAGUGAUUACUACUACUGUUAGGUUUUAAUGAGUAUCUUACCAUAAAUAUACAUAGCCACUAUUUCAAAAUAUAUUAACAUCCACAAAAUUAGGGCAAUACAAUAUUUCAGCACUCAGAUUUGUUCCUAAAACUUACUUUUCGCCAUGAUAUCCUAAGCCCAAACUUUAUUCAGCUCUCUUUAAGGGUUGAGUAACAGAUAAUGAUGAUGAAACAAAAUAAACGCAGUGCUAUUUCAGAGUUGUCUAUGUGCCAGCUACAGAGUGAGAAACUCCUAAGUUGUAGUUUCUAGUUAUUUAUAUACGUGUUAGAAUUCCAGUUAUUUAUGCAUAUAUUAUAUAUAUUUGUACAUAUAUUUAUGCAUAUAUACAAAUAACAAACUUUCAUUUGUUAUUUCUUAGUUGUCUGCAUACGGUUGCUUCCCUAUAUUCAAUGAAUUUAUAUUAAUUACUUGGUUUUGUAGCAUACAAGAAAGAAAAGGAGUGAACUGUAUACCAUAAGGAUUCAAAAUAGCACCUUACUAUUGCCAACAUUGGCAUGGCAAACUUGUGAAGGAAUUCCCUUUGGACUAGGUCCACUAAAAAUGGUGUCUAGGGCUAAGGUGAGUGCCUAAACUGCCUUUUUUCCCAGAGGACUAGAUGUUUCCUCAAAACUGGCAAACUACUAUCAACAGUAACCCUCAUUGAGGACAUUGGUAGUAUUUUUAAAUGAUUAGUUUUCUGUGUAUAUUUUAGUGCUUAUAGACCGCAAUUCCAAAUUGACUGCUUUCAGUAUAUCAUUUUACGCGGUUGAUCUAUAAUUCAUUACCUGAGCACACCAGGGGAGGCAGUGUUGUGAACUGUAACUGGUAAGCUACUUGGUGAAACCAGGCUUUGUAUUUUUAAUGUGUUUAAUUAUAUUUAAAAUCAAGGAAGGCUUAGGGUUGUGCCUGGUUUUCUUUGAAAAUAUGGAUUUGUUAUCUAAGGGUUGCAGUUGAUGACGUUUUGAUGUCAUAUUAAUAUGUUUGCUGCUGCUACCAAGAGCUUUGUCAAGCAAGUUGGAGAUGGAGGGAGAUUAGUUCCUGUUCCAAGCCUCAGUGAGGCUGACAAAUACCAACCUCUAAGUCUGGUGGUAAAAAAGAAGCGAUGCUUUUUCUUUCCUAGAUAUAAAUUUACUUCAACACCUUUUACACUGAAAGAUAUUCUUCUAGGAGACAGAGAAAUUUCAGCUGGUAUUUCAUCUUAUCAGUUACUGAAUUAUGAAGAUGAAUCAGAUGUUUCACUCUAUGGAAGGCGAGGCAACCAUAUUGUGAAUGAUGUUGGGAUUAAUGUCACUGGAUCAGAUUCUGUUGCAGUGAAAGCUUCAUUUGGUGUGGUGACCAAACAUGAAGUGGAAGUAUCGACAUUACUCAAGGAGAUUACUACACGAAAAAUUAAUUUUGACCACAGCUUGAUACGUCAGACAAAAAGCAGCAGAAAGGCAGUAUUGUGUGUGGUCAUGGAAAGCAUUCGAACCACACGACAGUGCUCGCUGUCUGUGCAUGCUGGAAUUCGUGGGGAAGCCAUGCGGUUUCAUUUUAUGGAUGAACAGAAUCCCAAGGGAAGGGACAAAGCUAUUGUUUUUCCAGCACACACAACCAUAGCUUUCAGUGUUUUUGAACUCUUCGUUUACUUGGAUGGUGCCUUUGACCUUUGUGUCACUUCAGUGUCAAAAGGAGGUUUUGAAAGGGAAGAAACUGCAACGUUUGCGCUGCUCUACAGAUUGAGGAAUAUACUAUUUGAGAGAAAUAGAAGAGUGAUGGAUGCCAUUUCUCGUUCACAGCUUUACUUAGAUGAUCUUUUUUCUGACUACUAUGACAAACCUCUCGGCAUGACUGAUAUUUCUCUCAAAGAAGGGACUCAUAUCCGAGUUAACUUACUUAAUCACAACAUUCCAAAAGGACCUUGCAUACUCUGUGGAAUGGGGAACUUCAAAAGGGAGACGGUUUAUGGGUGCUUUCAGUGCUCCGUCGAUGGGCAGAAGUAUGUGAGACUUCAUGCAGUUCCUUGUUUUGAUGUUUGGCACAAGAGGAUGAAAUAAAACAAAAAUAAUGAACGUACCUUGCUAGUGUUUUAGGUGCACCUGUGCCACACACCUUUCCAAAAUUUUCUAGGUUUGCUUUGAUGAAUUGUGGCAAAGUAAAGAGGGAGAGGAAAGAGAAAUUAACCUGUUUGGGCAUCAUUUUCUUCAUCGAUAAAAGGGAAGAUAAUAGUUUCUAUCCUAUAAAUUGCCACAAAGGUUAAUAUUGUUUAUGUGAAAAAGGUUUAAAUAUUCAAAACAUAGUGAUUCCUUCAUAAAAUCUGCCAGUUACUUUAGAAGUAUACUUGGGAAUGCAGUCUAUCAUCUUAACUUUACACAGCGAUUUUUCUCAAUAUCAAUUUUAGUUUUAAUUGGCUUUUAAGUCAACAUUUAAGAAUGACAAGAGGUUAAAUGUGGUGACUUUAUGGUGCCUUACCCACUGCCUUAGGUCUGGUAAUAUGAGAAAAAUGUGUUAAUAAUUUAAUGUAAUCCUAAAUAUUUAAUUGCGGUAUCAAAUUAAAAGCACACUGAGCUCAGUGUGGGGUUUUGUGUACACAGUUAACAAGGAGACUGUUAGUGGUAAUGGGCUGUUGUCCUGUAUCAUACACAUGCUCCCUAGUUUUGUCUUUAUAAAAACUCACUGCUGUCAAGGUAAGGCAGCUAGAAAAAAAAAUAGUUAAGGCAACUAGGACACCUUUAUCUUUCGCCUUUGAAAAUGUUUAAAAUAUUUAACAUAUUUAGUUCUGAGAGAGCUCAUUUUCAUCUACUCUGUAAGACAUCUGAAAUUUUUCAUACACAGACAACCUAAAUUAUUUACUCGACACCCUUAUUAAAAUAAUUGCAAAAGUGAUAUUAAGAUUCUGGAACUCAAAAUGUAGUGAUACUAGGUAUCUACUCGUAUAUGCCUGUGAAAGCAUAAAACAAUCAUGGAAAUAUAAAACAUCUGAUGCCUGUCUGCACGUAGAAUGAUUAAAAUGUUACUGUUUACUUAAAUGUGACUAGGGUUUUUGAAUCAAUCUUCAUUUAAUAUCAUCUAUAAAUUUUAAAAACAUAAGUUUAAAAGCACUUUGAAAACAAUGGGACAGGAUAGAAUUGUGAAUAGUUUGUAUAAAGGGAUGAUUUCCUUGUAUAUCUUCCUUCCACAGUAUUUUUGUUUUGAGCAGAAUAUGUGAGUCAAGUGCAAAUAUGAGUAUACUGAUGGCAAAAUAGUCUAGUGACUUUUUUUGUAUGGAUAUAGAUAAUGGGAGUCGUUUCCAAUGGAGGUUUUCCUGAGGGAAGUCAAAGAACAAGAAUUCGCAAUUAGCAAGUAAAGAGUUUACAAAACUGGGUACAGGCAUGAAGAACUGGGAGGAAAAGAAGAUAGUGAAGGUUUUGGUUUUAUGAAGUGUCAAACUCUGUGCUAUGUAUCUGUGAUAUCCAUUAAUCUGGUGGUUUUUGUGUUACCCCUGCACUUUAGGUAAUAGAAUUUCUGGCAGUGUAUCGAUGGUUUGGAAAGGGCAAGUUUCAGAAAAUGGAAAAAGCUUUGUUUUGAACUCACAUGUCUUGAGCAGAGCUAUUUAUUUCCUGACCAUACCUUCCUACAUAUGCAGUAGGCAAAACCUUACAUGUUCCGAUAAAUAAUGCGCCCUUUCUUUGGCACCAGUGUGAUCUUCUACAGCAUCUCUUACCUCCUGUUCUCAACAAAUUGGAUGUCAUGAUUUGACUGUGACACGGAAUUGCCAUGGCAGUGUAUGUUCCCAUUUGUAUCCUCAUUUGAUAUCCUCACGUAUCCUUAUGUGUAAAAUAAAUUCUACACAUUCUCAAAAAU